CUAUGAUGUAUCGGUAUCAGUUUAUCAUGUCAGUACUUUAUAUCCUAACCUUAAAAUAAAUAUAUAAUUUUUAAAUAACCUCUAAAUUAAGAAUGGCAGAAUUAGAAUUAACGGAAAAAGAAUUAACACAAAGACAUAAAAAAGAACGGAAAGAAUUACAAGCACAAAUACAAAUACUAAAAAAGUCAAUUUGUAAGGGUGAUAAGAAAAAGAAAAAAGAGGUAACUGAAGAAAUCAAUCGCUUAGAAGAAGCUUUAGAUAAAAAACAAGAAGAAGAAUUAACUAUAUGGAAAGUCACACAUCUUAAUAUCAAUAAUGUGGAAAAUGAAAAUAUAGAAAAUAGUAAUAGUAACGAAAGCACAAAAGAUAAUAAACAAUAUGAACAACCAAUACAGAGAGUUUCAAAAGCUCAAAAAAGGAGAGAUAAAAAAGCAAAUGCUGAAAGAGAACGUAAUCAAAGAAUCAUAGAACAAGAAGCAUUAAAUGUUUUCGGAAAAAGGAAUGUAGAAUUGCAAACUAUUAAAAAAAUUCUUUGUGAACGUGGUCUAAUGAUUUAUGAGAUUCCAAGUGAUGGCCAUUGUUUGUAUAAUGCUGUUGCACAUCAAUUAAAAAUUAUAGGAGAGACACCAUUAAAUUUUCAUGAACUCAGAUCAAAAACUGCUAUAUAUUUAAGAGAAAAUAUGAAUGAAUUUUUACCAUUUAUUUCUAAUCCAGAUUCUGAUGAUUUUCUCUCACCAGAACAGUAUGAAAAAUAUUGUGAUGAUGUGGCAGAUACAAGUGCAUGGGGUGGAGCUAUUGAAUUACAAGUCCUUUCACAUGUAUUAAAAUGUCCAAUAGAAGUUAUUCAGGCAUCAGGUGCACCAUAUGUUAUUGGUGAUAAUUAUAAUAAUGAAAAGAAAAUGAUAUUAACUUAUCAUCGGCAUAUGUAUGAAUUAGGUGCUCAUUAUAAUUCUGUUACAAAAUAUGUUAAAGAAGAAGAAAGCUGAUAAAAAUGGACUUUAUAUUUUGCUAAUGUUAACAAGAAGAGAAGUUAAGCAUGUUUUGUAACACUUUUUACUAUGAUAAAAUAUCAUGAACUAUUCAAAGCUGCCACAAUUUAAAUGUCCAGGAAACAU